AUGAAGCUGUUAAUAAUAAACACUGUUCUGCUUUUGUCAGCACAAGAUGCUUUGUGCCGAAGAACUGGAUAUACUAAAUGGAAUGACAAUCGAAUAGUUGGAGGACAAACUACGACCAUUGAAAAUGUUCCAUAUCAAGUGCAUUUGUUACUUCAAAAAGGUAACAACUAUUACGCAUGCGGAGGAUCUAUUAUAAGUCAAAAUUAUAUACUUACGGCGGCACACUGUUUAAGUGGAAUAACACGAGCGUACAUUAGAACAGGAUCAACCCAAGCUAGUAUAGGUGGAACUCUAUACACUUCCACUAAUUUCACUCAACAUCCCAAUUAUAAUCCAAACACCAUCGACUAUGACGUUGGGAUUUUGAGUCCUUCUACUCCUAUAACAUUGGAUGAUAAGACACAAGUAGUACGUUUGGCAGAUAGUGGUGAUGCCAUAAAUUCUGGAACACCUGUCAUUGUGUCAGGAUGGGGCGCCACAUCUGAAGGAGGUGCUUCAAGCGAUACCUUAAUGGCUGUCGAAGUACCAACGGUAUCGAAUGAUGAAUGCCGUAAAAAAUACAGAUCGCUAACGGAAAGAAUGUUUUGCGCCGGUGUUCCGCAAGGCGGCAAAGAUUCGUGUCAGGGAGACUCAGGAGGUCCUGCGGUAUCAAAGUCUUCCAAGACCCUGUUAGGAGUUGUUUCAUUUGGUUUAGGAUGUGCACGUAGAGGCUACCCAGGGGUGUACAGUAGAAUACCUGACAGUGGUAUACGGGAUUGGAUAAAGAAAAUUACAGGAGGAAUGACAAAACUG